AUGUGGGUUCCAUUAUUCUAUCAAGCUCAUACUUGUUUUGUACAUCAAUCGACUUCAUACAAGAUGCUAUUAGCUACUGCAUUAUGUUUUCGAGGUGAAAAUAUUAUUCCCAAAGAAAUCGAACAAAAAUUAAUUAUUGAUAUGAAACAAUGGUGGCGAUUUUGUGAUUUAUCACCGACUGGAUUUAAAUGUAGAAUAAAUUAUUGCCGUCCUUAUAUUUUCCAAGAUAUAUCCGAUCUUGUAUGGGCUGAUAAACAAGUAUGUGCAUUAGCUAACGAAACAAAUGCAUCCCCAAAUAUCUUUGCAAUAUGA